GGAGGACAAACAGACAGGGAGAGAGAGAGAUUCAGACUGGGAUCAGAGGAUACUCCGAAUCGGCUGCAAUCAGCUCGACUUGGAGCCCCGGGAGAUAAUGUGACAGAAAGAGCUGGAAAACAAGGGUCUUUUCUGCUACGCCUUUCUUCAGUUGGACGGAUCAAGCAGCGUUUGCCUGAUAUGGGACACAAGCUUCUUCAGCUGAAAACAGGUUCAGUCAUGCCCCUUUGGACCAUCCGCUUUGACCUGAUUUUGUCGAGUCUGCUGCUGCUCCUGCUGCUGCUCUGGGUACCUAUUGAAACGCUUGCCCAGAAUGACACAGAGCCCAUCAUCCUGGAGGGGAAAUGCUUGGUGGUGUGUGACUCCACUCCUUCAUCCGAGCCCGCUGGAAGUGCUCUGGGUAUGUCUGUCCGCUCUGGCUCAGGACGAGUGGCCUUCUCAGCCAGCCGGCAGACCAAUCAUGAGCCAACAGACAUGAGCAACCGCACCAUGAUCAUCUACUUCGAUAAUAUCUUAGUCAAUGUUGGCACCCACUUUGACCAGGAGAGUAGCGUCUUUGUAGCUCCACGGAGAGGAGUGUACAGCUUCAACUUCCAUGUCGUGAAGGCCUACAACAGACAGACUAUUCAGGUCAGUCUGAUGGUGAACGGAUGGCCGAUGAUUUCAGCCUUUGCGGGGGACCAAGACGUGACCAGAGAGGCGGCUACCAACGCAGGCCUUGUGAUUCUGGAGAAGGGAGACAAGGCCUACCUCAGACUGGAGAGGGGGAACCUGAUGGGGGGUUGGAAGUACUCCACCUUCUCCGGUUUUCUGGUCUUUCCCUUGUGAAAAAGUUGCAAAUUUAAGAUAUUUAUUAACAAAAAAGUUGUGAUUGAGGGGAUUCACGGUGUUUAGCAAAAAUAUGGAAAAUCCCUUGAACUUCUUUAAAAUGUGAUAACUUUUCACCGCAGCUGCAGAUCGUUUUAGGGAACAUCUCCAACAGAUUUCCACCUCUUGAACCUAAAACUUAGUCUUCUUCUUUAAAAAAUACUUCAAGCUUGGUUAUGUUGGACGAAGAUCAUUUGUGUCCAUCAGUUUGAAAGCAUGCCACUGAAUUUUCACAUGGUUUUAUGUCUGACUUUGAGUAAUCAGUCUCAAGCCUGUUGCAGACUGUAGCUGCUUUUCUUUCAGGAUUUCCCUGUAUCCGCAUUCAUGUGUUUUCCCAGCCACUCUCUGCAGCUUCCUUGUUCUGCCCGAAGAAAAGCAAACACAGCAUGAUGCUGCCAACACUAUUUUUCCCCAUUGCUACUGUACAUGUGUUUUUGCAGUGCAUGUACAGGCUAAAAAGUACAAUGUUGUUCUCAUCUGACCAGAGCUACUUCCUCUGCAGGCUUUCAAUGUCGCCUAUAAGAGUCGCUGCAAACAGUUUCCCAAAGCUUCUUAUUACUUUUUUUUAGCUUCUGUUACAUAAAAUCCAGUUUGGAGUUGUGCAUGGCUGAUGGUUAUUUUAAAACUUAAACAAGCGUAAAACUUACCUAACGUUCGCCUAAACUUUUUUACUGUGUAUCUUUAUUUAAGUUCUCUAACAAACCACAGAACAACAGCUAGAUAAAUUAUGUUAUCUAACUACUUUACUUCUGCAGGCUUUUUUUGUAUUGGUUUUCAUUUAAAGGAAUUAGAAUAAGUAGAGUUCAAUACAAAUGCAAGUUGCAUUUUUUUUAAACUAAUUUCUCAACAUUUUUUUCCAAUUAUGCACUAAGGUUCAUUGUUAUAACCUUAAAUGAUAUGUAAAAGUUCAGGGUGCAUGCUUUUACAAGGCACUGCUCAUCAGAUUUUGAGGUCUCGGAAUUAAAGAGAUCUAUACAUAGAAAACUAAGAUAAAAAGCUGCAAAAUAUCUAUGAAAAUAUUUUAUUUGUUCUGUCCUUUUGCAAAAUAUUUAGUUAAAAACUAUUAUGAUUGUAAUGAAGUAUUAAUGUGCGCCGUGUGCUUCUGUGCUGAUAUACUGUCAGGCCUUAAUUUAUGUUUCAUUUCCAGAUUUUUAUGUAAACAGCUGUGCUCCAAAUACCCUGUCCAGCUUGAGAAAAAGUGUUUUGAUUGAAUUGACUGUAUGAAUCUUUCGCCUCUGUUUACAUGUCAGCAAUCAUACAAAAACAUCUGUUUAUUAAGAGAUUUAUAUGAAGAACAAAUAUAAAAGAAGUUAAAUGGCCUCAGUUGUGCAGAGUGUGUAUUUGUAUACAGAAAUAUAUCUUAUCAAUCACCUGCAAGUAGGACGGUUUAAUCUCCAAAUGCAAAGCAGAUUUUCUCAUGCCCUUUUAGUGCUACCCAAUUCCACGGCAGCGGUUUGUAAAUUUAGCUCCCACCAGCCGGGCUAGCUUUGGCUUGGACCAGGCACACCAGCAUGGGACUCGGUAUAAGUGCCGAGUGUGGCGGAUACUCCUUGCAGAGACAUGGACAGAUGGAGGCUUUGGCGUGCCUGUCGGCUCAUCCCUGCAGGACUUCCAUGGAUAAUAUGUGGCCCACUGUCACACAUUAUCAUUUACGCUUCUCUGGUUCAGAACCACCUCUCUCUGUUUCUCUAUUUGUUCCCCUUCCACGUGUUCGUAUUAAAACUGUCAUGCAUGUAGGAAUAAAUUUAGAGCUAUGUGGUUGCAUGGGCUGGAGCUAAUUUUUAGGGCUUCACGCAAAGGCAUUUCUUUUACAAAUGCUAUUUUUUUUAAGCAUUUGUUCGGCUUUGUUGUUUCAACAAAAAUUGUAUCCUGAAUAUUACAAUUUCUAGAAAUGUGUCCAUCUGUAAAAGAAGAAGAAGAUGCAUACCCCAAAAUCUUUCAGCAGGUUGCAUGAUCAAAAACAUAA